CCUAGUUUCUGGCUUGAUCCUGUCUCAGGGCAUGGCGUCCUCUCCCGCAUUUGGCUGUGCGGAUCGAUUCGUGGUGGCGCCGCCUCUCGCGCCUUCGUCAACGGCCCAUUUCGGUUCCAGGCUGCCCUGUUUGAGACAGAGGGAAUUUUGCUUAAGUGGUGGUGGUCGGCGGCAAUGGGGUGAAGUUUUCACUGCCCAGGGUUUUUUCGGGAAGAAGGAGAACACGGAGAGCAAUUCCGAGGAUGGAAGCAAGAAGGGAGGAGGAGGGAUUUUUGGAAAUAUGCAAGAGCUCUACCAAACUGUUCGAAAAGCCCAGCAAGUCGUGCAAGUGGAGGCCGUGAAGGUGCAGAAGGAACUAGCUGCCACCGAGUUUGAUGGAUACUGCGAGGGCGAACUUGUGAAGGCUGUUCUUUCCGGAAACCAAGAACCUUUGAGAGUUGAGAUCACCGAGGCGGCGAUGGAGCUCGGGGCGGAGAAACUGUCGCUACUGGUGAAUGACGCGUACAAGGAUGCACACCAGAAAAGUGUCAUGGCUAUGAAGGAACGCAUGAAGAACUUAGCGGAGAGCUUGGGGAUGCCUCCCGGCUUGACACCCAGCUGAAACGCACAAACGUGGAUAUAGCCUGGUUCCACAGUUUUGUACUCGCGGUAAAGCAGUAAGCUGCUAUUUUUCUGCGCUCGCCCUUCAAUCACAAACUCGUCUGGAACUUCCUGAUCUCC